UCGUUUAUUUUUCUUACUCAGUCAAAAUAACGACCUUCUUUUCUUCUCUCCACACAUUUCCCCCUAGCUCAAUAAAUAAAUAAUCAAAAGCAAUAGAGAGAUCCGAUCACAAAAAAAAAACCGCAAUUUCAUUCAAUCCAACACGACAAUAACCAUGACCGAAGCCUACCGGACCGUCAGCACGGCCGUGCCGGAUUGGCUGAACAAAGGCGACAACGCGUGGCAGAUGACGGCCGCGACGCUGGUGGGCCUCCAGUCGAUGCCGGGCCUCGUGGUCCUCUACGCCAGCAUCGUGAAGAAGAAGUGGGCCGUCAACUCCGCGUUCAUGGCCCUCUACGCCUUCGCCGCCGUCCUAAUCUGCUGGGUCGUCGUGGCCUUCCGCCUCGCCUUCGGUAAAGAGCUCCUCCCCUUCUGGGGUAAAGGCGGCCCUGCCCUCGACCAACAGUUCCUAACCGGACGCGCUGCCGUGCGUGAGAGCGAGCACUACUACGCUGACGGAAGCGUGGAGACGGUGAUGAACCAGCCCCUUUUCCCGAUGGCGGCGCUGGUUUACUUCCAGUUCACGUUUGCGGCGAUCACGACGAUCUUGCUGGCCGGAUCGGUGCUGGGGCGGAUGAACAUCAAGGCGUGGAUGGCGUUCGUGCCGCUCUGGCUCGUCUUCUGCUACACCGUCGGCGCCUACAGCCUCUGGGGCGGCGGCUUCCUCUUCCACUGGGGCGUCAUCGACUACUCCGGCGGCUACGUCAUCCACCUCGCCUCCGGCAUCUCCGGCUUCACCGCUGCUUAUUGGGUAGGGCCGCGAUUGAAGGCGGACCGGGAGAGGUACGUGCCGAAUAACAUACUGCUGAUGAUCGCCGGAGCAGGGCUGGUGUGGAUGGGGUGGUCGGGGUUCAACGGCGGCGCUCCAUACGCGGCUAAUAUAGUGUCGUCGGUGGCGAUUUUGAAUACGAAUAUAUCGGCGGCAACGAGCCUCCUAGUAUGGACAUCCCUUGAUGUUCUCUAUUUCGGGAAACCUUCUGUCAUCGGAGCUGUGCAGGGAAUGAUCACCGGCCUUGCCUGCAUUACACCUGGUGCAGGAGUUGUGCAAUCGUGGGCGGCUAUUGUUUAUGGAAUGCUUUCUGGUAGCAUACCAUGGUUUUCAAUGAUGAUUCUUCACAAAAAGUCCACUUUGCUACAAAAGGUGGAUGACACACUAGCCGUGUUCUACACCCAUGCGGUGGCCGGAAUCCUCGGUGGCCUGCUGACAGGGCUGUUUGCGCACCCGACCCUCUGCGGCAUGAUUUUGCCGGUGAAGGGCACGAAAGGCGCCUUCUACGGCGGUGGAGCCUUAUUUGGGAAGCAAUUGGUGGCAGCACUGUUUAUCAUAGGGUGGAACUUCGUGGCGACGACCGUGAUUCUUCUACUGAUCCGACUGGUGAUUCCGCUGCGGAUGCCGGAGGAGCAUCUCAUGAUCGGAGAUGAUGCCGUGCACGGUGAGGAAGCCUAUGCUCUGUGGGGCGAUGGGGAGAAAUACGACUCCGCAAAACACGGCUGGCACCACCCAGGCCAUCCGGAGGAGAUGGCUCAAACUGGGCACUUUAGUGGAGCCAGGGGAGUUACUAUAGAGUUAUGAGUGAUUUUCAUUCUUUUUUCUCAGCAUACUUGUAGAUAUGAUUUGCUUUGUACACAUUAGAUUUGUGUGGUACAUACAUAUCUUGAUUGUAUCGAUAUCCUACAACUGCAUACAAGUCAUAUUCAUAGAAAGCAAUUUUUAUUGUUCUAAA